AUGGACGGAACUAAGAAGCUACCAUUAUUGAUCAUCGGAAAGUCUUCUCGUCCUAGGUGUUUUAAGAGCGUGAAAACCUUGCCGCUCCCCUACCUUGCCAACAAGAAAGCCUGGAUGACUGGUGAUCUAUUAAAAAACUGGCUUUCUAACCUAAACCGGAAGUUUGACCGACAGCAUUGGAAGAUCGCCAUGAUCAUUGACAACUACCCUGCCCACCCGAAGAUAACCGUUUUGAAAGCGAUCGAGCUGAUGUUCCUCUCACCCAACACCACCACGGACAACAACACCACUCCAGAUAUCAACGUCCUCGACGCCCUACGGAUGCUGGCCUAUGCUUGGAGACAUGGAGUGACAGAAAGGACUAUUCAGAACUGCUUUCUCCAUGCUGGGAUCACCACUACGCCAACACCAACAACCGAAGAGAGCGACGACGAAAAUGAUGAAGACGACAUUCCUCUGGCUAGACUUGCCCGCCUGCCAUGCACGUUUGAGGAAUUUGUUUCAGUCAACGCCGACACACCAACCAGUGAGUAA